AUGAAGGCCCUCGGAUCCAGAUUCUCCUUUUGCGGGUUUGUGGUGGGAACCUUCACACUGUACUUGUUCCUGCGGCAGGUGUGGUUUGCUAAGACUCUGUCAGAUCAGCAGGCCAGCAGCUAUGCCAAACUUCAUGACCACCAGCAGCAGCUUGAGGCAGAGAAGAAGAUAUGGAAGAAAGAGAGGUCUGCUCUUUUCAACCUGAAGCACCCACACCAUUUAGGUGAGGAUAGCAGGGUGGCUGAUGAAUUGUACAGAAAGGUGCGUAUUCUCUGCUGGGUGAUGACUGGACCCAACAAUCUGGAGAAGAAAGCUCGACAUGUGAAGUACACAUGGAGUCGCCACUGCAAUAUUGUGGUCUUCAUGAGCUCCGUGGACGACCCCGACUUCCCCACAGUAGGACUGGGUACAAAGGAGGGUCGUGAUCAGCUGUACUGGAAAACCAUUCGGGCCUUCCAUUACGCUUAUGAGCAUCAUGCUGACGAGGCAGACUGGUUCCUCAAGGCAGAUGACGACACCUAUGUAAUUGUGGACAACCUGCGAUGGAUUCUUGCGAACCACACGCCCGAUGAGCCGAUUUACUUUGGGCGAAGAUUCAAGCCCUACACCAAGCAGGGCUACAUGAGCGGCGGUGCGGGCUAUGUACUGAGCAGAGAGGCUUUGCGAAGAUUUGUAGAAGGUUUUAAAAGCAAAGUGUGCACUCACACUACCUCUGUGGAGGACUUGGCAAUGGGGCAAUGCAUGGAGAAAGUUGGGGUGCUGGCAGGAGACUCCAGAGACACUGAGCACAGGGAGACAUUUCACCCCUUUGUCCCUGAGCAGCACCUCACUGCCAAGUUCCCAAAGAGCUUCUGGUAUUGGAGCUACUGCUACUACCCCAUCUCAGAGGGUCCACACUGCUGCUCGGAUGUGUCGGUGUCUUUCCAUUAUGUAGAUGCUUCAGGCAUGUAUUUAUUGGAAUACUACACCUAUCACCUGCGUGCCUUCGGCUACAAAUACCGUUACCAGCCCCCCCUCCCACCAGCCUACAGCAUUGAGCAGUCAAGACCCCGAGAUUCUGCAGAAGGAAAGAAACUACAGGCUCCUCAGGAGAACGAGCAAGGAGAGGUGGAAAGGGCUGACAGGAAGCUGGAUGCAGAUCCCCCUCCUGCAGCUGGUAAAGACCCUCCUGCUGCUGACAAACAGUAGGACUGUGUGGAUGUGUUGAGAGAACUGAUCAUUAGGGGAAAGAGGAAUUGUUCUUUUGAGUCCAUUUUGAUCGUUUUAGCUCGUUUUUCAAAUUUUUUUUUCUGUAAAAAUCAGAAAAACUGUCCCCUUUGAGCCCAUGUUUCUGCCCAUACAAGGGAUCUGACUGCGGAUUCUUGAAGUGAAGGACUGUAAUAAUGCAAACUAGAAGACUGGUUUCAGACUAAGAGAUGAUUUAUAACAUUUGCCCUUAUAUUUCAGUUUUCUUAAGUGGUUUUUACAACCAAGUGUCUUCUUUUUCUUUUAAAGUUGCGAGCACCUCUCUGUAGGCUGUGUAUUCAAUCGAAAACUAACUAAAGGAAGUAUUUUAACAGUUUUCCAGAGCCUUUUAAGUUUGAACUUGCCAGUUUUUAAUGGCCUUCUUAUGUACUGCAGUCCCUCCAAACUUGAUCUACCAGUCCCAUCUUCUUGAUAGAUUGGGUGUGUUUGACACCUUUUCACAUAUAGAGAACUGUGUGCCUGCCGAUUACACGUGUUUAUGUGUCUUGAGCUCAGAUAACAGCCAGACUAGAACAAAAUCCAUUCAAAGUCUCCAGUAUUUGUUUUGAGCUUAUUGUGGUUACCCAGUUUUAGCGUCAAUGUUUUAGACUUUGGCUUUGGACUGCGUUUGAAAUCCGUUUAAUACAGGCAACUGUAGCAUUAUGACAGUGUUCUAUGUGGAGCUUUUUAUUUAGUUUUAGGUGAAGUUUAGUCACAUUUUAUUUACACUUAGCUCUGUGAAAUUUACAUGAAGAAACUCUUUGUCGCAAAGAAUAUUUUUUUGAAGUUUUUAUUUGAAAGUCUAUUUACAUGACCAGAGUGGAAUUAUUAUUUUAAUUGCAGAUUAGUUAAUAAACAACUAUUUUAUCCAUUAAUCAGGUAGUUACUUUGUUGUAUGAAAUGCCAGAAAAUAGUGAAAACAUUUCCUGUCAUACUUUCUAAAAGCAAGGUGAUGUCUUCAACCUUGCUUUUCAACUCGUAUUCAAAAAAGCCAAAAUAAUCAGUUUAUUAUUGUAUAAGACAAGGAAAAACAGAAAAUCCUCUCAAGUGAGAAGCUGGACCAAGAUUAAUUAGAUAUACUUAUCUACAACAAAUGCAGCUUAAUACAGUCAUUCAGUUAUUAAUAUGUUUUCAUGUAAACUGUUUUAGAGAAAUACUGUGCACCUCUGCACAUGUGGGCAGUAGUCAGAGACAUGCUGUCUGAAACUAAGAUGAAAGCAAAAUGAUAACGAAACUAACAUCAGAGGAAGGAUUUAUUGCAGGACUGUUGUGAAAGACGGCUUUAGUUUCAGGUGGACCUAAUGAACCGGGAAAUACACUGUAAUAGACGUCAGUGUACGUAGUUAUUUUUGUAGCAAAGCAUUGUUUGGAUGCAUUCAUGUAUCUCAAUGGUUCAUGUGAAUGUAGUGAGGUGCUUUAACGGAAAAGUCCAAAUGAUUACAUUUAUGCCAUUCAGCCAAAGAUUUCCACAAGGAAUAAGACCACACUGAAGACAGACAAACCAUCGUUUGUUUGUGUAGUAAUGUGUAGUCUUGGCAACAUUGCAGUGAAUCUCACUGCUUUUCAUUUGUUCUUAAAAUGGAUAUAUGCUCAAUUAACAGCAGAAAUUAAGUGUAGUUUCUUUGCUGGCUGGAUACACGCUCUGUUGGGAAAGGAAGUCAUCAUCAAAUUAUCUGUUAUGUCUCUGUAAUGUCACUCGGUCGAUGACAAACCAGUCCUGGCACAUAGUUGUCUAUCUGUGCUUCCAGAAACCGGCACUGUAUUUGCAUACCUAAAGAUUUCUCUGCAUCUUCCCCCAGUGGACUCAUUAGCUUGUGCCUUGUAAAUGGAGAUUGUAUGAGCCUUCAGCUGCACACGUGACUUUGCACUGUGACAUUACCACAAUGAGAGUGUUGCUUUCAGAUGGAGUAUUAUUUUGUUGAAUCCUUCCAUUGUAAUGCCAAUGGCCUUUGGGCAAGCCAGUGAAUGACUUGUUCAUGACGUGUUUUUUUUUUUUUUUUUUUUUUAAUUUCUUUGAAAAAUUAAAGUGGGGGGGCCGAUGGGGGGCCAGACCAAUUCUUUUACAGUGAGUAGACAUUGUAUAUUUUGAAGUAUUCAUAAUAUUUCCUAUACUAGUUUGUAACCAAACAAAGAGGAAAAUUCUAGGAGAUAGAUUUAUGACCAAAUACUGGAAAGUGCAGAACAAAACAGAACAAAUUUGGCAUUUAUGUAAAAAUUGAAUGCACUUGAGUGAAACAGUUGCUGUUUUUCUUUUUAACCACUUGAACUUUUUUUAAUUUCUAACGGUUGAAAAUGUAUGAGGUAAUGAUGCCUGUGAAAAUACAUUUUUGUAAGUGUUUACACUCAGUUUCCAUCUGUGCAUGAACACAGAGCAUGUUCAGCUUCAUUUUUCAUUUCUUCUUUUUUCCGGUUUUAACAAAAUCAGCAUGUUUUAAUUAAAGGUUUCUUUUGAAGUUAAUGCACGUUUGUGCAAGUGAAUUAAACUGUCGCUGACUCAUUGUUGAUAACGGCCACGUCUGGUUUCUAAUGGGAGUGAUACAACACAUCCCGUUCUUGACAAUCUUCUCAACGUUAACAUUUUAUCAAAGGGAAAGGUGUGUACAGUGCUGUAUUUAUAUUUGAAAUGUAUUUAUGUUGGUACUGAUGUCUAAAGGGAGUCAGUACACUUUAGUGUGUAAAUGCGUUUGUGUUAGUAUGUGAGCACAUGUAAUCAGUGUGCAGGAUUGUUUUUAGUGAAUGGUACUUUAAUCACUAUAAAUAAAUGCAUAUUUUAUUGUA